GUAUCGUUACGGGCAUCCGUAUCAGCUGCCGCUUUAGUGUCGUGCAGUCCAGGUUAUUACAUAGCUGCGUUGAAUUCAGGCAUUAAGAGAAGAGAAGGCUACCGGGAACGCGAUACUCUAGGUAAGAUUAGACAGGACCACAGCUAGAUUAGAGCUGACGGUUCGGUAAAUAGUGAGACGUAUGGCAUGGUCCCCAGAUAGUUGAUGUCACUUGGCUGCCUGGUCUGGUUGGUCGUCCUGCUAGAUAGUAAGAUCCAGGCUGCUGAAAUGCGCUAGAGGGCGGUAUAUCUACUAAAUUCUGGACCUCCCUGUAGCUAGAGUUUGGUUAGAUUUUGAAUUUACAGUUUCUAUUUCUUCGCAGGUUAGAAAAACAAAACCAACAACAGUCUAGAGAUUAUGAACAGUGUGCGCGAGCUUCCCGUGCUACGGUUAUUGGGAAAAUCCGAACAGCUUUCCGCUGUUUCUCAUCAACUAGGAUUCUUCAAGAAUGUGGGAAUAUCUGCUCACUACUCUCUCUCUACUGUUGCUACUCUACCCGAUUUGCAGUCAAUCAUCUACGCCGCAUUGACACAAGUCGUCCAUGGAAACUCCAUCCUAUCCGCCGUCCCGAUCGACGAACUAUCUCCAAACGCCUACUUCGUCCGUUUGCAGUCUCUCGAUCUUCGUUCCUGCGUACUUUUCAAGACUAGAGCGAGCUCGAUUGAUCAGCGCAACCAAGACACUGAACUCGACACAAUUCUCCAGGAGGAACACAAUACUGACUUCAAGCUUUCUCAUGGUCACCUGCCUUUCUGGCGACUGACUAUCCUGCAAGACACUAGUGGAGAGAAGGGGUGUGGUUUCACCGCAUCCUUUGUCUUCCAUCAUAGUCUCGGCGAUGGCGCAACAGGAGUCAUCUUCCACCAGUCAUUCCACCAGGCACUCGAGAGUGCUCUCAUGCUACCGUCUUUGAAAUUAAGCAGCCCGAAAAUACAAGUGUCUGAGAGUUCGACUGUUCUGCCACCACUAGAAGAUUUGCAUCCGUUGCCGUUGAAUCCGAACCCACUUCAUCACCGCACAUCGGGUGAGGAGCUGGAAGAGUGGACAGGAAAUCCCAUCCAACUACCAAUGAUGUCGCAUUACCGGACACUGUUCUUUCCACCAAUAGCUUCAGCUAAAUUUGCGCAAGAGUGUAAAGAGAAUGGUCUCACAGUGACGUCCGGCUUAACCGCGGUAUUGGCCAGUGCGUUGUUCGAGCAGCUUCCAGAUACUGUCCACGCACUCACAGGUAUCAUACCGAUCAACCUUCGUCCAUGGCUCAGCCUCCACCACAACUGCAGCUCCACGAGCGAAGCGAUGGGCAGUUUCAUCGAUGCAUUGAAAGUACAGAUCCGUCGCGAGCAUUGCUCCUUCCCCACCGACAGCGAUGAACACACGGGAGCUACAUGCGGACUCGCGGCCGGGCGUCAUACAGCGAAAACAAUAAAAGAAUACAUGGGUAACAAGAGUCCGAGUGGUGAGCCAUAUACGUCGAUUGCUGCAUUCAAAGGUAUACACGACACAGCUGCGGUGUUCAAGUCUAUGCUUAACACGCCCCGCGAUGCGGCAUUUGAGAUCUCGAACCUUGGCCGCUUCCCGCCACCUUCUUCCCCGUCACUUGACGUUCCUAAUGAUGCUUGUGAAGGUCGAUGCCGUAUCGGACGCAUGACCUUCAGUCGUAGUGCUGUUGGCUUUGGCGCUGCGAUCACAACGAGUGUUUUGAUGGGAAACGAUGGAGUCUUGAGCGUGGGGUGGAGUUGGCAAGAGGGAGUGGUAGGGGAGAAGCUUGUGGAAAGUGUUAUGGAGGGUUUUAGGAAGGCCGUUGAGGGUGGUGUUCAUUUCUGAGGGAAAGUGAUAGGGUCAAUUGACAGCUUGAAAUGCAGCAGAGGAAUAACACAUCACAUUCGACCCCCAGGAACAGUUUUGAGGAAACUGUUUCCUACCCGCUGAGUAGUAAUUCCCACAAGACGAGAUCGCGUAAUGCGCAAGUCGACACGACGUCUCCAUGCCAUCAUUCGGUCCUUCAUUCGCCACAAGAUCAAUGUCAUGCGUCGAUCUGCUUUUGUUUCAGGCGCGACGCGCGGUCAUUUUGGCGCAUACUACCAAUUCGCUCAAUUUGACGCAAUCUGAGCUGUAUAUGUACAGCCGGUAGACUAAGAGAAUUGAUCUUAGCGUGAGAUAGGCCCGAAAAGCUACAUGGGAGUUGGUAGCCUACAUGCGCAUGCGCGGAGACGUGCCUACAAGAGCAGAAAUACAGACUAGGCAGCCUGAUUCGCGCAGAAGGCUGAGGCAAUUGUCGCCCAUCGGGUUAGUCGCCCAACACUGCCAAGAUGCUAUUAUCUCGC